CAUGACGUAUUUCCGAACCUAAAAGAAUCUCCAUGUUGUAUCGCGAAUGAACAUAAAUUCUAUAUAUCCAUUGGUUGUUUAUUCAAGAUACAAUCGCCAUAUAGAAUUAUAUUUCAAUAUGGCUAAGGACACAAUAUAUUUGUGCAAUUUCCGAGUCUCGGUCGAUGGUGAAUGGCUCUGUCUUAGAGAAUUAACAGACGUUCAGUUUGAAGCUGCUAAUCAAAUUCCUCCUUUGCCCAAGCCUUAUGAAAUGAAAGAAGAGCGUGACCCAGUUGCUAUUGAGCGUUCGAAUCUCCUGAAUGUGAUCAAACUUGUAGUGAAAGAGUUGAUAGAGUCAUCCCUGAAGUAUGGACGACAACUGGACUCAGAUCAUGUACCUCUCCAGCAUUUCUUCAUUCUAAUGGAACAUGCCAUGAGACAUGGACUUAAACCAAAGAAAGGUCUUUUGGGGCCAAAAAAAGAACUAUGGAAUGUUCUAGAGUCAGUCGAAAAGUAUAUGCCAGAAGCAUCAGACAUCACUGCUAGUGUUAGAGAACUCCCAUCUGUAAAAACUCAUUUAGGUAGAGCAAGAGCUUGGUUAAGAUUAGCAUUAAUGCAGAAAAAAUUGUCUGAUUAUUUUAGAAGACUAAUUGAUGGGAAAGAUGAUAUUUUAAGGGAAUUUUAUGAAAAGGAUGCGCUUAUGAUGUCUGAAGAAGCAAUUAUCGUUGGGGGUCUUUUAGUUGGUUUAAAUGUUAUAGAUUGCAAUCUAUGUGUGAAAGAAGAAGAUUUAGAUUAUCAGCAAGGUGUUAUAGAUUUUAGUCUAUAUUUGAGAGAAUCCAAUGGAGAGGUACAGCCACUUGAAGGGGUAGAUACUAGCAAUUUCACAGCAGUAUUGGACCAGAAAAAUUAUAUUGAAGAACUAAAUCGGCAUCUAAAUGCAACCGUGACAGACUUGCAACAGAAAGUGGAACAGCUUCAGACUACAAAUGCCUUGAUGAAAGAAGAUUUGGCCAUAUCCAAGAAUCAAAUCAUUACUCUUCAAGAUGAAAAUGCCCAACUGAGAAAGUUAUGUGAUCGACUGAGCAACGAAAACAAAAAAAGACUGGACGAAGUGAGAGCUGACAUGAAUGCUGAACGAGAAACAUACCAGACUACACAGUUAGGCCUUGAUUCCAUGUAUACUGAUAUCAGGAAUCAGUUACAAUCAGAAAUCUCAAAGAAAAAGGGUUUAACUUGGAAUGAUCCAAUGCUCAAUUCUCUACAGGAAUUGGAGGUGGAAUGUGAACUCCAAAGAACUUUGAGGGAUGAAGCGGAGGUUGCUAUGAAGCUCUUGGAGAAGGAUAUCCAUGAGAAACAGGACACAAUAUUGUCCAUGCGAAGGCAGCUGGAAGACAUCAAAGCGAUAAACCUUCAGUUGUACACUAAACUGCAGGAGUCUGAAAAAGAACUUAAAGCCAAAACUACCUUUACAAACGAGCUUGAAUCAAAAAUUGUGGAACUUAACAGAACUCUUCAUGAGCUGGAAGAUAAGAGUUAUGAUUUAGUGAAUCUCAAAAGUAAAAAUGAAGAAAUGGUUCGGAAAUUCGGUGCUCAACUAGCAGAAAAAGAUCAAAUGAGAUCUGUGCUAGAGUCAGAUCUGAAAAUCGAAAGAGCUCAUCGGGCCUCCUUACAGUCAACUAUAGACAAUUACCAAAGGCAAAUUACCUCAUUAAAAGACAAUGUGAAAAAGCUCCAAUUAAUGUCUCAGGAAUAUGAAAAGUUGAGAAUUAGUCAUUCUGAACUGCAAAAACUCCACAAUGAACAUGAAAGAACGCUAGAAGAAAUGGGAAUCCAGCUUAAAGAUUCUAAACUGAAAAUCGAAGAUAUGAAAGAAAGUCAAAUGGCUAUGAAAGAAGCAGUUUGGACUCAUGACAAGCAAGCUACAAUAUGUAGACAAUGCAACAAACCUUUCUCUGUUGCCCGAAGAAAACAUCAUUGUAGACAUUGUGGGGAUAUAUUUUGUAACUCUUGUUCAGAUAAUACAAUGCCUUUACCAUCAUCUGCUAAACCAGUUAGAGUCUGUGAUACCUGUUACAGUAUCCUUCUUCAUAGAUAUUCUGCUACAACUGAGUACACAUAGUUUAAAAGAAUAUGCGUUAGAAUAUAUUUACAGGAAAAACAUUUUGUAUACUGUUAUUUGCUAUAUAUUUAUAUUUAAUGCUAUUGUUAUGCCAGAAUUUU